UAGAGACAGAAACGAAAGAAUGUGCUGUUAAAUGAGUUGAACAGAAACAGAUACAGAGAAACAAUUGCUUGCAAUGGAUAAGAGCUAUCCAGAUUUCAGUAUGAUGCCCAAUAGAAUUGGAUUGGCCAAUUUCGCGGACAACCCUUUGAGCUUGUCAUGGCACGACUCAGCUUGGAUUCCCGUUCUGAGUAUGGACAAUGUCAUGGAUUACUUUUCAGAAAGAUCCAAUCCAUUUUUCGAUAGAACGUGUAAUAAUGAAAUUGUCAAGAUGCAAAGGUUAAGUCCUGACCAGCUCAAUAAUAUGACAGGGUUGGAGUAUGUGCUGUUGCAUGUGCAGGCGCCCAUUCUAUAUGUGAUCAGGAAGCAGCACAGGCAUAGUCCUACUCAAGCUACACCAAUUGCUGAUUAUUACAUAAUUGCUGGUACUAUUUACCAAGCCCCAGAUGUGGCCAGCGUUUUAAAUUCCCGCAUGUUAUCAUGCGUGCAUCAUCUGCAAGCCUCCUUCGAUGAGGCUUCUAGCUUUUCGCGAUACCAUCCCAGCAAAGGGUAUUCCUGGGAUUUCAAAUCGCAGAGAGGCGCUGAUAAGGCGAAACCGAAAGAAGAGAAGCCGAGGGAAGAGACGAGCUCUCUGUUCCAAAGGCAGAGAGUCGACAUGCUACUGGGAGAUCUGAUUAAGAAGUUCCCGUUGCCCACGCAACCGCUUCCCAAGGCCCCACAGACCGUGCCCACGAAGAAUGAACCGGAAAACGGUGCCUCUGAUGAUAAGACGGAAAUCAAACAGGAAAAGAUCAAGCCACCACCUGAGAAGAAACCAAGGCUGAACUGAUUAUUUAAUUGGUAAUAUAAUACGUUUAUUAGGAUUA